AUGAAGUUUACCGUUUUCUCCACCGCCCUGCUCUUCGCCAGCGGCAUCUCUGCCCAGGCUGUUCGCGGCGCCAACGGAAACUGCGGCUUCCCCAACGGCCCCGACUGCAUCGCCACCGGUAAAACCAACGACAAGGGCCAGCGCGAAUUCCAAGAGCCGGCCAACUCGCCCGGCGACGACUGCUGCCUUUUCCCGGCACGGUGCGGCAACGGCGACGGCGUCGCCAUCUUCCCCUGCGUCAAGGUCGGGGGCAGAUCUACCAAGAAUGGAAAGGUGGUCGCGGCAAAAGGCAACGGAGCUUCCGCCAGGGCAAAGGAGAAUGCCAAGUUCAAGCGUGAGGUGCCAUCUUUGUUCCAAUAG